CUGAACAAGGUCAGACUCGGUCUUGCCGAAAAAAUCGAAGCACAACGUCUAGAUGCUCACAUAUGUUAGCUUUAACGCAUCUUCCGCAGGCAGUCAAUUGAGCAUUCGUCUCUUGCAACCGAAGCACUCGCAAUUCCCGCUCCUUCGCCAGCUCUCAUUACCACACAUUCUUUCUCUACCAACCCGCGUCUUAACAAUCCCGAACUCAAAAUGAAGCUCCCAACUCUCGCUACCGCCAGUUCUCUGGUGCUUCUUACCCUCGUCAAAAGUGCACUUGGCUGCGGUGCUUACAGAGCCUGCAACUGCUACAAUGACGAUGGCGCGGCGAACGACAAUGCGACACAAACGGUCUGCAGCCGCUUUGACUCCGGGACAACGAAUUUCACCGAGGGAGUGUGCCAAUACACCGGCCCAGACAGCAUAACCCGUGUUAUAUACAUGUACUACUACGCCAUGGACAACUGCGACUGGCGCGAAAUGUGCACCGAAGCCGGUGCCACUGGGGCGGACUCCAGUUGCGACAACAAGGUACAGGAAGCCAAUAUUGAAUACGCUCACCACAACUAAACGGCUACAACUACCUGGAUAUGGCUGUGAUUGGAAACGGCCUCGACAUUCACCACCCUCGGCGCGAAAAACGAAAAACCCCGAUUGCGCCCUACCGCGAUAUAAAACACCAGGCGGCACGGCGCAGUAUAAUUACAAUCCUGCAAUUAGGAUAGAAGGCUCAUGGAUAUCUGGAGUGGUCUAGGAACACUCUACAGGUUAGCCAGGAGAGCAAGUCGUUUUCUGGAGACUUUCAAAACGCAGGAAUGUCUCUGUCAUUCAGGCUGGACAUUGACGAGAUGAGUCGGAUGAAGCAUCGAGAGAGCUUUUCAUCAGAAGCAACAGCGAACAUGAGAUAAAUAGAUUUUAUUCUUCAGACGGAGAUUAUGAAUGUACACAU